UUGAGUCCGAUGUUUUUUAUCUUCAUUUUACUGGACAGAAGGGCCAAAAUACUGGCUGCCUGGUGCAGGACCGGACAUCUAGCCAGCCUACAGACUUGGAGCUUCAGAGUCAUGACUACAAAGGAGUCAGGAGGUGCCAAAGCAGAGUCGGCUCUCUCCUCAUCAGCCAAUCCGAGCAAGCGUGUGUCUGAAACACCAAACUAUGCUCUGAAAUUUACUCUGGUGGGACAUACGGAAGCAGUAUCAUCAGUUAAGUUUAGUCCUAAUGGAGAAUGGCUGGCAAGUUCUUCUGCUGAUAAAGUAAUUAUAAUUUGGGGAGCCUAUGAUGGAAAAAAUGAGAAAACACUUAAAGGACACAAUCUGGAAAUAUCAGAUGUUGCCUGGUCAUCAGAUUCCGGUCGUCUCGUUUCUGCCUCAGAUGAUAAAACUCUAAAGAUUUGGGAUGUGAGAUCUGGAAAAUGUUUGAAAACGCUUACGGGGCACAGUGAUUAUGUUUUUUGCUGUAAUUUCAAUCCACCAUCUAACCUCAUCAUUUCAGGAUCUUUUGAUGAGAGCAUGAAAAUAUGGGAGGAGAAAACAGGAAAGUGCCUUAAGACUUUGUCUGCUCAUUCUGACCCAGUUUCUGCUGUUCACUUUAAUUGUAGCGGGUCCUUGAUAGUGUCAGGUAGCUAUGAUGGUGUCUGUCGAAUCUGGGAUGCUGCAUCAGGUCAGUGUUUAAAAACACUUGUUGAUGAUGAUAACCCUCCUGUCUCUUUUGUAAAAUUUUCUCCAAAUGGUAAAUAUAUUCUCAUUGCAACUUUGGACAAUACUCUUAAACUAUGGGAUUAUAGCAGAGGCAGAUGCCUGAAGACAUAUACUGGUCACAAGAAUGAGAAAUACUGCAUAUUUGCCAGUUUUUCAGUUACUGGUGGAAAGUGGAUUGUGUCUGGUUCAGAGGAUAACCUGGUUUAUAUCUGGAACCUUCAGACUAAAGAGGUUGUACAGAAAUUACAAGGCCAUACAGAUGUCGUCAUCUCAGCAGCUUGUCAUCCUACAGAAAACAUCAUUGCAUCAGCAGCAUUAGGAAAUGACAAAACAGUUAAAUUGUGGAUGAGUAAUUACUAAACCCUUUAGAAAUCAAGUAGUAGAGUCAAAUUGGCCAAAAAAAAAAAAAAAGGUUAGGUAUUUUAAAAGAUGGUUUCCUCUCAAUUUUGGCAUGGUUUUGUAUUUUUUAAAAAACAUUGCCUUGAAUUACAAGAUUUUAAGACCUAUAACCUCAAUUUGCAAAGCAACACAGUUGGAAAAGCAAGUCUAGAUCCCAGGGCUU